AUGGAGGCUUUCCUGAAAGAAAUCACUUCAACUUCCAAGAACCUACUUGAAUUCAGAGAAAUGUAUGAAUAUAGAAAUCGCCUACAGACUUUAACUGCAUGGCCUUUUAAGGACAACUGCAAAUGUACUCCUGAGAAUAUGGCCAAGGCUGGCUUCAUCCAUCAUCCACAUGCAGAGGAACCUGAUGUGGCCAAGUGCUUCUUCUGCUUGAUAGAGUUAGAGGGCUGGGAGUCCAAUCACGAUCCCUGGUUGGAGCACGCCAAGCGUAGCCAAGACUCAUGUGGGUUCUUGUCCCUUUCGAAGGAUUUUGAUGAUCUGACAGUAGAAGAAUACUAUGAACUAGAGAUGGAAAGGGCCAGAAAUUUUCUUUACAAAACAGGCCGAAGUAUAAUAAACACCUUUGAAAAAGAAGCAGCUCUAACAAGAAAACGUCUUGUGGAUCAUUUCAUGAAUAAAUACCAGUACACACCAGAAACGGAGUCUUCUGCCAUUUGCAACAAAAGAAAAUUGGGUGCCAGCCAACAAAUAGAAGAGAAUGGAUUGUAG